AUGGCUGACUUUGUACAGGUUAUACAGAGCUUUAGGCCCUCUCAGCCGUUCCCAGAGAUGAGUAUUGACUGGGGAAUUUUAAGCCAAUUUGGGGAGCCCAAUCCCAGCAUGUUGGAGAAUUUCAACAUCCCAGAUUUUUCAACGGGGACUUCCUUCGGCCAUCAACUACCUGAAUUGCCAGCCAGCUUUUAUCAUAAUCUUCCCAGUACUUCCCAGUCCGAUGGUCCAAACGCAGUGCCAAUUGCUCAUAAUGACAACUCCAAUGGAUUCGUUUGCCAGAAAAACAGGAAGAGAAAAAUAACGGAACAAUCACAGAGAAGAAGCUAUGGACACAUUUAUUCUGCAGCUUACGAAAAUGGGUUGAAAGUAGAUUAUGAUGUCAAGAAAAGCUUAAGAAAAGGAAAGAAAGGCAGGAGCAUUAAUGAGAAAGAAGAAGGGAGCAAACCAGAGGAAGUGAUUCAUGUUAGAGCAAGAAGAGGCCAAGCAACAGACAGUCACAGUCUAGCAGAAAGGGUCAGAAGGGAGAAAAUCAAUAAUAAAUUGAAAUGCUUGCAAGACCUUGUUCCUGGGUGCUACAAGGUAAAAAGAAAAGGCACAUGCUCAAUGGGAAUGGCACUGAUGCUGGAUGAGAUAAUCAAUUAUGUUCACUCAUUGCAGAAUCAAGUUGAGUUUCUUUCCAUGGAGCUUGCAGCUGCCACUUCUUUUCAUGACUUCAACGUGAAAAUAGGAAAAGCUCAGGAGACAAGUACACAUGAGGCAAUGGAGAUGGAGAGAAUGGUUAUGCAAGGAUAUGGAAAGCAGAGUUGCUUCCAUCCAACAGUGCCAUUUUGA